AUGUCUGAUUUGCAGGGUCGUAAGAUCUUCAAGGUCUUCAAUCAGGACUUCAUCGUCGAUGAACGCUACAAUGUGACCAAGGAGCUGGGUCAGGGCGCCUACGGUAUUGUCUGUGCCGCCCAGAACACCCAGACCGGCGAGGGUGUCGCCGUCAAGAAGGUCACCAACGUCUUCAGCAAGAAGAUUCUGGCCAAGCGCGCUCUGAGAGAGAUCAAGCUGCUUCAGCACUUCCGAGGCCAUCGCAACGUCCGUUUGAACCCCGCUGUCGUCGCCGAGUUGAAACUGACCCCGAUGGCCUGCAGAUUACUUGCCUGUAUGAUAUGGAUAUUCCUCGAGCGGAUAACUUUAACGAAACGUAUCUCUAUGAAGCUGACGUCCGACGCAGAAUUGAUGGAAUGUGAUCUGGCCGCUAUCAUUCGCUCUGGACAGCCCUUGACCGACGCCCAUUUCCAAUCUUUCAUCUACCAGAUCCUCUGCGGCCUGAAGUAUAUCCACUCCGCCAACGUGCUGCAUCGAGACUUGAAACCCGGUAACUUGCUGGUUAAUGCGGACUGCGAGCUCAAAAUCUGUGAUUUCGGCCUGGCUCGUGGUUUCUCGAUCGACCCGGAGGAGAACGCCGGCUACAUGACCGAAUACGUUGCGACUCGGUGGUAUCGUGCUCCCGAGAUUAUGCUGAGCUUCCAGAGCUACACCAAAGCCAUUGAUGUGUGGUCCGUCGGAUGUAUCCUGGCAGAACUCCUCGGUGGACGGCCUUUCUUCAAGGGCCGCGACUACGUCGACCAGCUGAACCAGAUCCUGCACUACCUCGGCACCCCCAACGAGGAGACUCUGGGCCGCAUCGGAUCCCCCCGGGCCCAGGAGUACGUGCGCAACCUGCCCUUCAUGCCCAAGAUUCCCUUCCAGCGGCUGUUCCCCAGCGCGAACCCCGACGCGCUCGACCUGCUCGACCGUAUGCUCGCGUUCGACCCGACGUCACGAAUCUCCGUCGAGGAGGCCCUGGAGCACCCGUACCUGCACAUCUGGCACGACGCGUCGGACGAGCCGACCUGCCCGACCACUUUCGACUUCCACUUCGAGGUCGUCGAAGACGUGGGGGAGAUGCGUCGCAUGAUCUACGACGAGGUGGUGCGGUUCCGGUCCGUCGUGAGGCAGCAAUCCCAGGCGCAGGCCGCCGCUGCCCAGCAGCAGCAGAUCGCCCAGCAGACCAACGUCCCCAUCCCGGAGAACCAGCAGAGCGGCUGGAAGCAAGAGGAACCGAAGCCUCAGGAGGCGCUGGCGCCGAGCGGUGGCCAUCCUAACGAUCUGGAAUCGUCGCUGGCCCGUGGAAUGGACGCACACCGAUAA